AUGUCGACCAGUUCUCGUACGAACCCGAGCGCGUCGGACCUGGCUGGCCGGCAAGCACGCUCUCAGAAGCCAGGAAAGACUGCGCUGUUCGGCUACCCCAUUUCUCUCUCAUUAGCGCCAACAUUUCACAAUGCAUGCUACCGUCAGCGUCAUGUGCCUUGGACGUGCGAGCUGCUGGAAUCCCAAGACUUCAACGAUUUCCUGCGAUUCAUACGCGAAGACGACUUUAUUGGCAGCGCAGUCACAAUGCCUUACAAGAGUGAGGUGCUGAAGCAUGUCGACGAAAUAGAUCAAGAAGCAGAAUUGAUUGGCGCAGCAAAUACGGUCUAUUGGAGGGAUCACGAAGACGGAAAGCGAAGUCUGGUAGCCACAAACACUGACGUAGCAGGUAUUGCAGACGCCAUCAUAUCAGCACUGCCAGACUCUUCCAGAGUUGAAGCAACCACCGACAGGCGAAUCGGUCUGAUCGUCGGUGGAGGAGGCACCACUCGCACAGCCGUUUACACCCUUCGGUUCAGGCUGAAAUGCGACGAGAUCUAUAUCAUCAACAGGAUGGAUGAAGAGGUGGGAGCAGUCGUGCAGGACUUCCAAGCCAAAGGCGUGGAAGGAGUAAUGCAGCUCAAAACACCUAAAGACGCCGCGGCACUGGGCCGAACACCCGAUGUGAUCGUCAACGCCAUCCCAUCACACGACCCGCAGACAGAGGGCGAGAAGCUUGCUCGGCAGACCCUGGAGGCAGUUCUGAGUCUGCCCGCGCACUCUUCGCUUUCGUCAGCACCUGUGUUCCUCGAAAUGUGCUACCACCCACACCCGUGGACUAAAAUCUCCAGCAUCGCAGAGGAGCAAGGGUGGCACGUCAUCCAAGGGAUGGAGUGCAUGUAUCAUCAAGCGGUCGCGCAGCAAAUGCUAUGGCUGCCACCGACGACCACCGCAUCGGAAAGUAAGGAGUUGCUCAAGGCGGGAAAGGAGGCGGUGCUCCAGGUGCUCGAAAGCAGAGGGGCGCUCACCAAGCCGAAAUGCGCCUGA